AUGAGGUGUCGUAGUCACAGAUAUAAAAGGAUAUUGGAAGCACUUUUAAAGCAUCCAGACAAUCGAGAAUGUGCAGAUUGUAGAUCAAAGGCACCAAGAUGGGCUAGUGUGAACCUUGGGAUAUUCAUAUGUAUGCAAUGCUCUGGAAUCCAUCGCAGCCUUGGUGUCCACAUCUCUCAGGUAAGGUCUAUAACUCUGGAUACAUGGCUUCCUGAUCAGGUUGCUUUCAUGCAAUCUACCGGUAAUGCUAAAGCAAAUCAGUAUUGGGAAUCAGAACUGCCUCCUCAUUUUGAGAGAAGCUCAAGCGACGCAUUUAUAAGAGCCAAAUACGAUGAGAAGAAAUGGGCUUCACGGGGAGGGAUACAACCGGCUCCUGUAGGUAACCAGCUAAGCUGCAAAGUUAGUCACUUGGCAGAGAGAGGACAUAAACCAGAAACUCCAACGAAAAUAAGAACUCGUUCCCUUGAUGAAGAUUUCCUUCUUAAGCAUGUUCUUGAAGUUACACCACCAGAAACAAGAAUCCGUGCGGGUUCGGUAGAUAUGAAGAUGAACGAUAAUGUAUAUGUUCUUCCUCUACCAGUGGGGAUAGAUGUUAAGAAACCAAAACAAAAGAAUGAGAUUUUCUCCCAGAAUAGAAGAACCACUAUAGCACCACCCUCGAGCUGGGCUACUUUUGACUGUAAGGCUAAAGAUUUGGGACUUUCUUACUUUUAUCUUACUGAGGAAAAGAAGGGAUGA